AUGUACACCGAGAAGCAACAGCAGCAUCGCGGUCACUGCGAAGCCGUUCAAGAUGACGAGGACAAGAAAGCGGAAAUCUAUAAUCACGUGACUGGAGAUUUCCUUACCGAGGCUAGGGAACAGGCCGAGAGCACCCACGGUCCGCACAAGCCGUUGACGGACCGAUACAAGGGCAUGACUACAGACGAGUUGAAAGUCUUCAGAAAUGCUCAGUUGCAACAAAUGGAGGAGAUCCAUGUUAGUAUGAGCGGAGGAAUUACUAUUAUCCGCGGUCCGCACAAGCCGUUGACGGACCGAUACAAGGGCAUGACUACAAACGAGUUGAAAGUCUUCAGAAAUGCUCAGUUGCAACAAAUGGAGGAGAUCCAUUCUUGGGAUCUCUUAAUGGAUUCGCACCUUCAAACCGCAUAUUCGUAUGAUCGCAAAUUAAAUAUAAAAAAAUCGGAGGUCAAUAAAAAAAUUGCGGAGAAGAAUUUGUGGCUUGCUGAGCAACAGAAGCAACAUCAAGAAUACCUGAACCGCUUCGUUUAUAAGCAUCAACCAACACCCGACUUCUAUGAGCAGUUUAAUAAAGGAACACGUUGAAUG